GAUGUGGAGACUUCCUGGCUACCACCACUCCUGUGAGUAUCCAGAUUUGCUCCAUUGCCUGUAUCUGGGAACUGAGAGGGAUGCCACUGCGUCUCAUGUUAUGGAGCUGGCGAAGUUUUCUCCGCAGUUUCAGGCUUACGAAACGUGGGAUGAAAGGUUGCAUCACCUGCAUGUGGACUUUCAGAUGUGGUGCACGGAGCACCAUAUCCGACCCAGCAUUCUUGAUGGACUGAGUUUGGUGAAGCUGGGAAUCGAUGCGGUCACAUUGGAGUACCCGAAGGGGAUGGCGUACUUAGCCGAACGGCUGUCUGAGGUUUGCCAAACGAUUCCCGAGCUUCGAUUGGCGGCAGUGAAUGCCUGGUCGAUCACAGCAUUCUCGAAUUUGCUGGACGCCUGCUCAAUCUGGCUGUCGGAUGAGCAGGCAAUGCUGGCGCAGCAGAACCGCUCGGCAGAUGGUAUUGCCACUCCUACCUGGCCCUGGCAUCGCGAUAUCUCGAGUAUAAGAUCAGGCCAAAGUUUCAUCAAUAUCAUUGCGAAUGAGGACUUUGUCGGCAAAGUCAUGAAAUGUGCCCGUGGGGCCGUGCACGCCGCUACGCUGUCGCUCCGAGUGCUGCAAAG